UUUCUGUCGAAAACGAAAUGUAAUAACUCUUUGAAGCCGAAUUUAUCCCAAAGUAGUUUUCCGGUGGCCGGAGUUCCUCCGCCGCCAUGCCCGCCUCCGCGUCCGAAACCUCUAGACGAGGGGCCGCCGCCCCCUCCUCCUUCUCUGCUCCGGCAACAAAUGCCGCUGGGGAAAGACGGGUCGCCGUUGCCGAAGCUUAAACCGCUCCACUGGGACAAAGUUAGAGCUGCACCGAACCGUUCGACGGUGUGGGACAAGCUGCGGUCGAGCUCGUUCGAAUUCGAUGAGGAAAUGAUAGAGUCCCUUUUCGGUUACAAUCUCCAAAACAAUCUUACGAAAAACGACGAAUCGAAGAGCAAAACUCCGUCGCCGAGCAAGCACGUACUCGAGACUAAGAGACUGCACAACAUCACAAUCCUCUCCAAAGCGUUGAGUGUGACCGCAGAACAAGUAUGCGUUGCAUUAAUCCAAGGGGACGGCUUGUCGUUGCAAGAUUUAGAAGCACUCUCGAAAAUGGUCCCCACCAAGGAUGAAGAAGCCAAGCUCUCAAACUACAAAGGAGACGUAUUCGAAUUGGGCUCUGCCGAGAAAUUAGUUAAGGCAAUGCUCAAGAUACCCUUUGCGUUUUCAAGAAUCGAAGCCAUGCUUUAUAGGGAAACUUUCGAAGACGAGGUUCUUCAUCUUGCGAAAUCAUUCGCAAUCCUAGAGGAGGCGUGCAAGGAGCUAAGAUCGAGCCGACUCUUCCUAAAACUACUCGAGGCGGUGCUCAAAACGGGGAACCGAAUGAACAUCGGCACAAUUAGAGGAGGGGCGAAAGCUUUCAAACUCGAUGCCCUUCUUAAGCUAGCCGAUGUGAAGGGCACGGAUGGUAAAACGACACUCUUACAUUUCGUGGUGCAAGAAAUCAUUCGUUCGGAGGGGUUAAGAGUGUCCGAGAGCAUAAUGGGAAAGAUCCAUCAAAUAAGCAACAAGAACACUAUAAACAUUGAAGACAAAGACGAGUACUACAAGAAAAUGGGAUUGGAUCUCGUCUCCGGAUUAACCACCGAGCUAUGCAACGCGAAGAAAACGGCAACUAUAGAUUUGGAUGUGCUCGCGACCUCGGUGACGAAUUUAUCCGACAACAUGCGUAAAUUGCAAAAUCUCGUCGAGAGGGAUAUGGUUGUGGAGGAGAAUAAGGGCGGUUUCGUAAUUUCGAUGAGGACGUUCUUGAAAUACGCGGAGACGAAGGUGAAGGAGCUGAGGGAGGACGAGGGUCGAGUGCUGGUGCACGUUAGAGAGAUUACGGAGUAUUUUCACGGAGACGUGAGCAAAGAGGAAUCGAACCCGCUACGAAUAUUUGUGAUUGUGAGAGAUUUUUUGAGCAUGUUGGAUAAUGUGUGCAAAGAGCUUAGGAGCUUGAAAGGGCCACGUAGCCCUAAUCCUUUAGCACCAUUCAGAUAGAUUAUAUGUUUAGAUUGGUGUAAUUGGUUUCAUUUGUUUAUAAGUUUGUUUUUAUCUCUGCUU